AUUUGUUCCACCGGACUCAACCUUCUAAUCAUUCUCGCAUGGGAGGGCGAUGAAAUGAGUCAAAUGACACUUAUGCUAAACCCUUCGUUAAACCCUAGAGAUUGUUGUUCUUCCUCUCCUGAUAUUCUGUGUGUGCUUCUAGCAGAAUAUGCAAUUAUUUUGUUGUAGAUGAAAUGUAAAUUUUAAAAUAAAUUUGAGAAAGAGAAAGGAAUUAAAUUUUUAUACAGUACAUUUUAAAAUUAGGUGACCUUUUUUAUUUUUUCUAAUUGCCCAAUUUAUAUACGUUACAUAUUUUUAAUCCAGAUAAAUAUGUGUAUUGGAGGUAAUCAAUGGUGCGUAAUUUAACAAAUGAUUCAGAAUCUCCGGUUAAGGGACGUAGAUCUCCGAGUAGAAGAGGCCCAUCUCGAAGAGAAAGAUCUCCUGUUCGGCAUCGGAGUUCACACCCAACAAGCUCACCACCAAGAGAGAAACCUUCUAGUCGCACCAAAGCUACGCACAGGGAAACGGGUUCAGAUAGAGAAGAUUCGAGUGAGAGAAGGGAGAGAAGUUCAGGAAGGGAUGCUGCUGUUGAUAGAGGUUCUUCUAGGUCAAAACAUGGGCGGUCAGCUUCGGCUUCAGAUCAUCAUCACAAGGGUACAAAUUCAAUAGAAGAUGAACAACGCGCAAGAGAAGAUGAACAACGGCAUCUACUUGAAAUUGCAUACCAGAUUCUUGACAUAUCAUUGGCUUCCCCAGUGGAACUUUUGGGCAGCAAUGGUGAUGAUGAUUCAGUAGCUAAAAUGAAGGCUGCUGAAGAGGCCCUAGAAGUAAAGGAAAAGCAAAAACCUUCAUUUGAGCUCUCUGGAAAACUUGCUGUGGAAACCAAUCGAGUCAGAGUCGUGACACUGCUGUUCACUGAACCCCCAGAUGCCUGGAAACCAGAUAUAAGAUGGCGACUGUAUGUUUUCAAGGGUGGUGAAGUGCUUAAUGAGCCCCUUUAUAUACAUCGUCAAAGCUGUUACCUUUUCCGGAGUGAGCGGAGGGUAGCAGACAUCCGUACAGAUCACCCAUCUUGCAGCAAACAACAUGCUGUUCUUCAGUACAGGCAAGUAGGCAAGGAGCAAGCUUAUGGUACGUUAUCAAAGCAAGUUAGGCCAUACUUAAUGGAUCUUGGAAGCACAAAUGGAACUUUUCUUAAUGAUAAUCGCAUUCACCUUGAACGCUAUUAUGAACUUUUUGAAAAAGACAGUAUUAAGUUUGGUAAUACCGGGAGUAUGUGCUACUACACGAGAACUCAGCUGGAUGAUAACAUCUCAUGGUUGCUCCAGUUUGGUUUUCUCUUAUCAGUAUGUGAGAGUUUUAUUAACAUUAUCUUUGUGCAUCGACACUAACAAGACACCUUAAUUUAAGUGUUGAACUUUUCGAAGUGCCUUUCUUGCAACAUUUUAUAACUAUUACAGAUCCGCAUCACUUGAUGGAAGUCUCAUGUCUCUGUUUUUUUGGCCCCGGAAAAGUAAUUGUUUAUUUCAUGAAA